GUUCAGACCAGUAUCGUGCGUGCAGCAGCAGAUUCACGGAAAGAUACAUAUACAGAGCUUCCAAUUCGACGCGACUCGUGUGUUUGUAAAUAAACAAGUGACGGGGGUAUAUUACGGGACAGCCGCACCGCACGAGGCAUAGUGCUGCGCGGAAGCGACGUUUAAAGCCAGUCCAUCACGAGCCCGCAGGACAACAGCUCGCGACAGUCGCGACUCGCGCCAGCGUUAGAUAUUAGAGCGUGUAUACGCGGUGUUGUACAUACAGAUAGAGCCGGCGCUGGCGCGAUUCGCGCGAGUGGCGGGGCACAUUCGUACACACCGGGGGCCACUGGGCGGCAUGCGGACACCGUCGCUCAACACGCCAUACACGUACAUAGGCAGCAGCUAUAAUAUACAUUAUAUAUAACGUAGAGACGUUGGACGACUCGACUCAUUCGAGAUCGACCGAUGUAUCGGGCGCGCGGCGAGGAGCACAUGCAGCCGAGCAGAGAAUCGAGAACGAGCUGCUCCAUAGUUUACUGGCAUAUACUUAAUAAGCACGCGUUAUACUCGCGUCGUUGUGCAUAGUGCUUCUGCCUUAUUUUCAUUAGACUCCGAGUGUCGUUGCAUAAGCACGUCGAUGUGUAAUUUAAAUAAAUGUUGAAAAGUCGAGAGCGAGUUCCGUGUCAUGUGGCUAUGUGUGUAUAGGUGCGCGUUGUUACUCGUUGGCGUUCGUGAAAUCUCUCGGCCGUCGCUACACAGUCGUCGGCGGUCGCCGCGAGUCGUUUGACAUUACCACGAUGGCAUCGGCAUCGACGUGAUCGCUCGAGCUGUAAAUAUACGAGUCGUUGACAUGUCGGAGCUGCCGUUGCUGCAUCGCGCGAGCCAUCGACGCAGACGACGGAGGCGCCGGCCCAACUGUCUGCAGCUCAUCGUUUGGCUCGCCGUCUUCGCCUUGGCCUUUCUGCUGACGCUCCUCGUCGUUUAUCAGGAUGACUUUAUGGAUUACUCCAGCCGGCGUCCUGUCGCCGCUUCGACUGCCAACAUGCAGCAGCAGCAGCAGGAGAUAAUAUCGCUGGAACGAGUCGGCGCGACAGAACGAGACCAAGUUUGGCUAAAAAGUCGUCGGCUGCUGGCUAACCAGACGAGUCCUCUCGGCAUGUGGCUUUUGUCGGAGGCCGACGGAACGAGGCCGCUUCCGCCAGCAAGAAAUCCAAACAACGGCGACAAGCCUUUUCUCAUCGUCGUUUGGAAGCAGGGAGAGUUUCUCGAGCGACGCCACAUCAGGCGCUUCUCCGAUAAAUUUCACUCACCGUGGGAAAACUGCCCGGUGGACAACUGCGAGCUGAGCUACCGCGACGAGGACGUGGACAAGGCCGACGCCGUGCUGUUUCACCUGCAGCGCCUCGAGGGUCGCGCGUCCCUGCCCACGGAGCGCAGGCAUCCCCGUCAGCGCUGGGUCUUCCUCACCGACGAGUCGCCUCUGCACACGUUCCCGAGCUCCCGCGGCUCGGCCGCCAAUAUCGCCGAGUACGACGGCCUCUUCAACUGGAGCAUGAGCUACCGGCUGAGCAGCGACGUGCCCGUGCCGUACGGCCGUACCCGCCUCGACAGGAGCGGACGGCUGGACGAGGCCACCGUCUCGGCGCCGGGCGCCAAGAGCAAACUCGUGGCCAUACUGGGCAGCAACUGCGCGGCCAGCGAGCGCUGGGAGUACGUGCGCGAGCUCCAGAGUCUGCUGCGGCCCGACGAGCUCGACGUGCUCGGGCGCUGCAACGGCGCCAACCGGACCGCCUGCCCGGGUCACUUCGAGACCGACUGCCCGGCCCUCGGCCGAUACAAGUUCUACCUGGCCUUCGAGAACAGCCGCUGCCGCGAGUACCUCAGCGAGAAGACCUGGUGGCACGGUUUCGCCAAGGGAGCCGUGCCCGUCGUCAUGGGGCCGGCGCGGAGCGAGCUCGAGCCGAUCCUGCCGCCCGACUCGUUCAUGCACGUCGACGAUUUCGCCGGGCCCUCGUCGCUGGUCGAUUACAUGCGCUACUUGUCCAGCCAGCCCGGUGAAAUCGAGCGACGCUUUCACGCCUGGCGCAAGAGGGGCUAUCGAGUGCUACAAGAGCACGGCUACUUCGGCGCGCCGUCCCGCCACUACUGCCGGCUCUGCCACGCUCUCAACUUCAACGAUCCUCGUCCCAAGGUUUAUCUGAACAUGCGAAAGCUCGGGGCCAACGAUUGCGCCGCUAGUCCUCCGAUCCUCAAGCACAACUAGUCCAUUGCUCCUCUUUACUGUCGACAAUUAGGUAUGGAAAGUUGCGAUGUUGCUUCAACGAUCCGCGUUCGAUGUCUGACCGACUUGAAAUAUUAUUGGCCUAUGCGUGAGCAAUCUAAUUAUCAACUAGAGAUUUCGAUUUUUCCAAAUCUCGCGUAAUCGUAAUAAUAUUUUACUUAUUUUUUAUUUUUAAUUGUUUUUAUUAGAUUAGAUUCGAUACAUUCGUACAUUCAAUACUUCGGAAUGACUCGAGUUUUUACAAAAGAAAUUCAACGAGGCUCAUAAAAUAAUACCUGCUAGGGGCAGUAUCGAUCUUAUACAAGUUUACAUCUGAAAAUCGUUUCGCAUUCGAGCGACUCUCAUAUAGGCGACAAGUCGGUCACGCAACUACCUACAAUUUUGUUCGCGCAGUCGCAAAUAGCUCCG